GGCCAUUUGACAUGGUAUCCCUAACCUUUACGUCACAAUCAAGAGACGACAUUGGAUAUUGGAAGGUCACAUUUUCGGCGGUCGGGUCCAAAUAUUUAGUACUUAGCGGAGGAGGAAUAAGAUAUUCACCCUCAGGUUAGCUAGAACCGGUUUAUUUUGUGUAUGUAAGAUUAUAGUGGUGUCAGAUUUAAAAGAUAUACCCUAAAAUUUUUGCGUCAAACCUCUUCCGGCUUAUCAGCUAAUGGAAAAGUGAUACCCUAUGUGUCCUACAGGUUUGGGUGGGAAUAGAGUUACGUUGGUGGAAUACUUAGUCCCCAUAAUAAUUCGUGUUGUUAUGUCUGCCAUUGUGUUGGUAUGUUAAAUAAAGUUCUCUCCUGUGCCUAACACUUAUGACUCAUUCUUGAUCAGAUUAUUGACUUGUUUUCUAAUGGUUAUUGACCUUCAUAUUGUGUACGUUGGGUUGCUCGUGAAAUUUAGGUGCCUAGUCAGUUUACAGGCUGUGCAAAACUUGUGUUGUAUGCUGUUGUCAGCUAACAACUAGAAGUCUUAAUGGCACGAACACAUUCAUUCCCAGAUUCAUUAAGUUCUAAUUUUUCCCCAUAUGACUAUCCUUUUCCUUCAUAAACUUCUUGUUAUAGUUCCAUUAAGUACCACUAGUCGCUUCUGCCUUUUAGGGCUACAUGAAGCUUUGCAGCUUCAACUGUUUCGCUUCGUGCUAAGUCUUGUAACUUUUUGUAACUUAGUCAAGAAUAGUAGUUCACGUUUUUAUCAUUGUCAGGAGAGUUUUAAAUUAAAUACUAGCAAUGUUCAUUACUGUUACCGUAACUGAGCAAUUUCUAGGACUGCACUUUGUUGGUUUGUUUGAAUGGAGAUUCCUAGAAUUCAGAAAUUUGUGUCGUUUUAUCCAGCUGUUGCACUACUACUGCACUUCUGUACAAAGUUCUACGUUGAAACUCACUUAGUAAGCGGUUCGUACUCCAAUUAUGCUGUAGCAUAUAUGGUUGUCUCAGGAUAAUGGAAGUUAUGAAAUAAAGUUUUAGCUCUUAGAAAGUAAUUUCAUUGAAAAGUUCAUCACACUUUAGUGUUGCUCUGUUUUGUGCGGUUUUAUGUCUUCACUAAACUACCUGUUUAUUCAAGUCAGAAAAUCCUACUGGUUUUCUAACCCAGUAAAUUGUCUUUCAAUACAGAGCCUCACGUUAUUCAGACAUGUAAUAGACCUGUGCAACCUCAAACCUGGUCUUAUGAAGCUUAUUGUGUAUUCUGCUCUAGUAGUCCACGAACCGUGUGUUCACAUUUUCAUAUGAAUAUAUCUGGUUGCAAUUAGUAUUUUUACUAAAUAGACUAAGUCGAAAAACAUGCACCGAAAACAUUCGAAAUCAGAAAUCAUGAAUGCGGUAAAUAUAGGCUGAUUUAUCUUAGCACUAUGAUUAGGACUAAAAGUGUGAAAUAAUAAAAUCAGUGGUUAGUCGUACUUCUUAAUUAGGGCUUGUGCAUACAUCUAUACAUAUUACCAUCUUCAACUAUUUGGAGCUAUUUCAGUCCGUAGUAUCAUAAAUUAUCCUUCAUCCGGUGUAUUAUACUCCAUCGAAAGCUGAUGUAACCGUGCUACACGCCAUUCAAAAAUAUUUCAAAACUCAUUUCAACUGAUUUUGUCAUCCAUUUUUCGUGUAAAGAAGAUAAAAAUCCUGUUCUUCGAAGAUACUACAAUCGGUAUUCCAAGAAAUCAGAGGAUAUAUCUGCGAUCAGGUUUCAUCGAUCAUUUACUUACGUGUUGAUUUUUCAGUUAGAGUAUUUAACAUAAAAAGCUGUCCAAUCCUAGAUAUAUUUAGGUUAGCUUGUAACAGAAUGCCAUUCAAGUAUAUCCUCUCUGUUCGUGAUGAAGUUGUGAUACCAAUAUUGCUCAAAAUAACCACUGUUCACUUGGUUCAAUGUUUUUGUUACAGUUCGCUCAGAAGUCACUUAUUCAAGUAUAUUUCAUUGAAUGGCAUCCGUAGAAUUUUGCAAGCCAACUGAUGCCACUACUGAACUCACUCAAAAUGGAUACAAUCAAUUUAACAUUUUGUGUCCACGAUGCUCCAGUGUUGUCCUCCGCAAAAACACGGCAAAACUUGCCAACAAACAACAUGAUUUACCGGUGUUGGCCAAGAAAUCUGAACUUUCCGACCCUUCGAAAGAAUUUCCCACAGAAUUGACUGAGCAGUUUUGGUGUGUUAAUGAUAUAUACACAUUUGAAAACGUUGGAUUUACAAACAGUGUUAGCACAUUUCGCUAUUUAACGUGUGCUGACUGUGAACUGGGGCCAUUAGGAUUUCAUGAUACUCAAGAGGGUCCACCUAAUGCAUACUACAUUGCACUUACGCGUACUACAACUGAGACUAACAAAAAUGAUGGCAAGUGAUUUCAAGCACAAAUGUAGAAAAAAACUGUGAUGCAUCUACCCGGUACCUGAUGUAAACUUUAAAUAUGUAUUUUUCAAAGUUUCCUAGAGUACAGCUGUUGAAUUUCCAUGUAAUAAGCUGAGUGACUUUUCGGAUAAUUCAAAAUAAAUGCUUGUUAAUCCAAAUACUUUUGAAUCCGUAACUCUCUCAAAACCUAAAAGACAAUAGUCAUAAGAGCGACAAAAGCCUAGUAAAGUAAACAUUUAAAGCAUCGAUUUCCCUAUUAAUUAUUCACAUUCAUAAAUACAGUGUAUUCCAACGUAAGAAGUGCCAUUCAUCUCCGCAUUGGGAUUUAAAUAACUACCUUACCUUAAUUCACCACUUGAUCAGUUGUAUUCACA